CGAUGGCCAAGGAAGCUCCAUCUUCAGGCAGAUUGAAGAAGAGUUGCUGAUCUGCAAUGCAUUUAAUCUUCACAAUUCUUAAUUAGCAGAGCCACGCAAAUUACCACCACCUUCAUCAACGAAUUUUUUUGAGUCCCGAGGUUCGCUCAAUACAACAAAGACCUACCAUCUUAAGCUUUUCAUCGAGUGUUCGGAUUUGAGUGAUACUGAUCAGUCUUGCGAUUGUUGAACUUGAAUUAAGUAUUUGAACUUUUGGAUUUACCCCAUUCUGCCAAUUGCCUCGCUUUGACUCAUUGGAAUCUUAUAUACUAUGCCUCACCCCUCGAAGUUCUGGAAUCGGGAUCCGCCAGGGUUUUGAUCAACUUCGUGUUACUGCUUGUCAUCGAAGAACUGGUAACCGUAAAUGCUGGGGUCACGUGACUCACGUGCGCAUAUCCUAGGUUCUCUUUCGUGACCACAACUUCUCUUCGUACUCGGGUCUCAUUCCCAAUAUCAAGUCUCACCUCACCCCACAACUAUCCUUAGGACCAGAGCCAAUAUUUUUCCCCCCUGUUUUGUUUGGAUGCUAAGCUUCAAGAGGGGCUGAGUUUUGAUGGCACUGAGCGCUUCUUCAUUGGUAAGAAUUAGUCCCAUUUCAUAUCAUGGCAAAUCAUUCUGUACAAGAUUUGCUUGUAAGUCCUCUGGGCUUUCACUCCGAGCUUCUGCGAAUCCAAACCCCAAAGCUCGUUUUGUUGCUCGGCGGAAGGAGUCGGUUACUGUUCAGCAACUCGAACGUCCCCUAGUUGAAUAUAUGCGGUUGCCUGCCAGUCAAUAUUCUGUUCUGGAUGCUGAGAGGAUUGAGAGAGUGAAUGACAACACUUUUAGGUGUUAUGUGUAAAUUAAGUUCUUCUCCUUUGAGGUUUGUCCAGUUUUGCUGGUUAGGGUGGAAGAGCAACCCGACGGGUGUUGCAUUAAACUCCUGUCCUGCAAGCUUGAGGGUUCGCCAAUUGUUGCUGCUCAGAAUGACAAGUUUGAUGCUUUGAUGGUGAACCGGAUAUCAUGUGAUAGCAAUAGUAAUAAUGCCUUGGUGCAGCAGUUCUCUUCAGACACUAUAAUUGAGGUAACCGUUGAAAUUCCUUUUGCAUUCCAAUUAAUACCGAAGGAAGCAAUUGAAUCAGCUGGGACUCAAGUUCUUGAACAAAUACUAAGAGUUAUGCUUCCCCGUUUUAUGGCACAGCUUGUGAAAGAUUACCAAGCCUGGGCUUCAGGAGAUACCUCGAGGCAGCCCUUAGGGACAGGUGAGAUUUGAAGACCAGGAUCAUAUGGUAGUGAUUGCCAAAGAUGGUGAUAUCAAAUUGUGCCUGUUUUGAGGUUGUGGAAAUGCUGCCUCAUUUUAUGUACAUAACUUCCUUUUGGUUUGAAAAUUAAGGAUAAAAAGGGUUCUUUUUCCUUUUGUAUGCUUGGGAGGGCAUCAAGAAAAGUUAUGGGCAGUUAUGAUACAGCAAUUGAUAGAAUUGUAAAGGAAAAUGAAUGGUGCCAAUGUGCUCAGCAGCACGAAGAAAGAAAAAUACCAGCAGAUGCUUCAUGUUGACAGUCUAUGUAUACCAACUUUAUAAUUACGACUCCUUCCAAUCCAAAAUAUAGGUCAUUUUCUAGAAA